AUGAGCUAUAAAUCUUCAAGGUACAACAGAUCCCCUUCAUGCAUAUAUGUAGGAAAUUUACCAGGCAAUGUCAUAGAAGAAGAAGUUUAUGACUUAUUUGGAAAGUUUGGUCGUAUAAAAUACAUUGAUAUAAAAAAAGCAAGAUCCUCUAGCUCUACUUCAUAUGCUUUUGUACAUUACUGCGAUGUCAAAGAUGCAGAAUAUGCAAUAGAAAGAAGAGAUGGGUAUAAAUUUGAUGGAUUUCGUUUACGCGUUGAAUUUUCAGGGGAAAAUAGGAGCUAUGGAAAAUAUUACAGAAAAAAAGAUGAAGGAAUUGGCCCUCCUUUAAGAACUGAUAAUCGAGUUAUUGUCAGUAAUUUGCCAGAUAACUGUAAAUGGCAGCAUUUAAAAGAUAUUAUGAGACAAUGUGGUGAUGUGGGUUAUGCUAAUAUUGAGCGUGGUAAAGGUAUAGUAGAAUUUAUUAGUUAUGAUGAUAUGCUAUAUGCUAUUGAAAAAUUUGAUGGUGCAGAAUUUAAAGUUUAUGAUCAAGUUACAAACAUUAAAGUAAGAAGAGACAAAAGGGGUUCUUCUUAUAUGAAAAGAUAUAGAAAUGAUUACUAUAGCCCUAGAUAUAAAAGAAGACGCAGGUAUAGCGAUGAAUCAGAGUCAUCUAUUAGAAAUAGAUCAAGAUCAAGAAAACAUAAUAAAUAUAGCAAUUCAUCAAAUAAAAGAAACAAUAAAUAUGAUUCUGAUAGUGAUAGCUUAAGUGAUAAUAAAGAAAGCUACAAAAAUAGGAGUAAAUACGAUAAAAGUAGAGGUAAAAAAAAAAGUGGCCAUAAAGGUAAAAGAAGCUAUAGCUCAGAAGAAAAAAAAAAUGAUCAAAUAAGUAGAAGUGGAUCUAGUAAUUCAUCAAGAAGUGAUGAUAGAAAUUACAAAAAAAAAAAAAAUAAACGCGAAUAUCAUGAAAACUCAAGUGAUAGAUUAAGCAAAAAAUCUAGCACAGAUAGAGAAAAAGAAAGUGAAAAAAAUAAAAGUUUUAGUAAAAGAAGUUCAAGUGAUAAUAAAAGCAUAAGCAAUGACAAAAGUGAAAGUAGACAAAGAAGUGCAAGCGAAGAUAGAGUAAAAAGUAGAAAAAGAAGUUCGAGUGACGAUAGAAGCAAAAGUAGAAAAAGAAGUUCAAGUGAAGAUAGAAGUGAAAGUAGAAAAAGAAGUUUAAGUGAUGAUAGGAGUGAGAGUAGAAAAAGAAGUUUAAGUGAUGAUAGAAGUGAAAGUAGAAAAAGAAGUUUAAGUGAUGAUAGAAGUGAAAGUAGAAAAAGAAGUACAAGUAAAAAUAAAAGUUCAAAAAGAGGAAAUAGCUCAAGUAUUGAAAAAAAAUCUAAGAGAAAAAGAAGCCGCAGUGUAACUGAAAGAUCCGAUUAUAAAAGUAGCUCACGUGAGGAUAAAAAAAAUAAAGAAGAUAAAAGUAAUGAUGACUUAUGUGAGGUUAGAAAAAGUGAUAAAUCUCAAAGCAAUUCAGUUAGAUACAAUAGCUCAGAAAGAAAUGGAAGUAAUGACGAAAAUAACAAAACUGUUGAGAAAAAUUCAAAAAACAAUUAUAAAAAUGAAAAAAAAGGUAAAAACGCAGAUGAAAAAGAUUAUAAAAAUGAAAAUUAUGAAAAUAAUUGUAGAUCAAGUGAAAAUGAAGAUUUUAAAAGUUUGCCUAAUGCAGGAAAUAAGAGUGACAGAGAUAAAUCAUUAGAUAAUUAUGAUGAAGACAAUAAGGACAACUCAGUAAAUUCCAAUAAUGUUGAAGAAAUUAAAAAUCCUGUAACAUCAGAAUUAAAUACUAAAAAAGAAAAAAAGGGGUCAAAAAAAAGUAAUAUUGAAGAAAAAGUAACUAAUACAGUAGACGAAGGUCUAAAUGGAAAUGUGAGCAACUAA